AUGCCCAAUCCGCCAAUAGUCAACAGUGCCCAGCCCCGCCAAAAUGCCUGGCAGGAGAAGUACAACAACCCGCGGCUGCUGGAUAUUCGGAUGCCGUGGCCCGAGAGGAUCAUGAUGAAGAUCGUAGCCAUGGACAUCAAAAAUUUCUUCGAAGACGGCGCCGAUUCCGACGCCGAGUUGCCCCCAAAACCUGAGCAAAUAACCGGCUACCAACAGAAAAGGGACGUCAAACUGAACACCCACUGCACCGACGAGGACUUGGCGGCGGUUUUGAAGAAGAAUAUCGACGGCACAUCGCGCAAAAAGUCCAAAGAUCGCGUGGCCGAAAACCUAAAACUUUUGGACAAACAGUACGACGUGAUUUGUUCGUCGGAAGACUUUUCCUACCACAUCAACACCCAUCAAUUCUGCCAGAUGCGAAUCGGCAAUGUGAUUUGUCUCGCGUUUCCGCAUAAUUUU